AUGACGGCGUCCGUCUCCGCCGCGGACGUCAACGAGGCGUACGCGUCGCUCGCGAAAGCGUCCGAGGACGCGGGCUCGAACACCGCGUCCGAGGACCGAUGCGUGGACGUCCUGAAGACCCUCGCCGCGAUGAAGGUCCCGGUGAAGCUGUUCGUGUCGGGGGAGGUGGGCGACGCCGCGAAGGCGAUCAAGAAGCUCGCGAAGAAGGGACCCACGGACGCGAUCAAGGCUGAGGCGAGCGCGUGCGUCGCCGCGUGGAAGAAGAUCAUGCUAGGCGCGGUGGAGGGCGGCGAGGACAAGGACAAGGAGGACGCUGACGCCGCCGCCGCGACGACGACGACGAAGAAGGAGGUGGAGGGCGGCGAGAGCGGCGGCGCGAAGAAGGAGGAGGAGGACGGCGACGGCGACGGCGAGAAGAAGGACGCGAGCGACGGCGAGACGAACCUGAAGAAGCUCCUCGAGCCGGCGCUCGGGGACCCCCUCCGCGAUCGCACCCGCGAGCUCCUUGCGGAGGCGAUCGCGCAGGCGAUCGGCGCGCCGGACGUCUACGCGUCCGUGGAGGACGUCGCGCAGACCGCCAUCGCGAUCGAGAACGCGAUGCACGCGCAGUGGAGCGACACGGGCAAGGAGUACAAAGCGAAGUUUCGGCAACUCUCGUUCAACCUGAAGGACCCGAAGAACCCGGACCUUCGACGGUCGGUCGCGGACGGGCUCAUCUCCCCCGCGGUGCUGCUGGAUCUCUCCCCGGAGGAGCUCGGGAGCGACGAGCGGCGGAACAGCAACGCGAAGAUUCGCGAGCACGCGACGAACGAGGCGGUGAGAGGGCAGAAAAAAGAGGCGUCCACCGACGCGUUCAAGUGCGGCAAGUGCAAGCAGCGGAAGUGCACGUAUUAUCAGUUGCAGACGCGGAGCGCGGACGAGCCGAUGACGACGUUCGUGACGUGCGUGAAUUGCGACAACCGGUGGAAGUUUUGUUGA